AUGCUGAUUUCUGGUGAUCCAGCAGCUGGAGGGACUUCAUCUUCCCCAAUUACACUCAAGUUCGUGGAUGUCUCGUACAGCGUGAAGCUGCAUGGCGGCGGCGCGAAAUCCUCACCUCCAGCAGACAUCGAGAGCCCGCCGGAGAUCCGCCACCGGUCACGCGCCAUCCUGAGCGGCAUCACCGGCUGGGCGUCCCCUGGCCGGAUCCUGGCCGUGCUGGGACCCUCCGGCAGCGGCAAGUCGACCCUCCUCAACGCACUCGCCGGCCGCAUCCAACGCGGCGUUUCCGGGACGGUCCUCUACAACGGCCGGCCCGGCCCCACGCGCCACGUCCUCCGGCGGACUGGUUUCGUGGCCCAGGACGACGCCCUGCACCCCCACCUCACCGUCCGGGAGACGCUUGUCUUCUGCGCGCGGCUGAGGCUCCCGGCGCGGCGGGCCUCCCCGGGGGAAGAGUCGGCGGCGGAGGCCGCCGAGCGGGUGAUGUCGGAGCUCGGCUUGACCAAGUGUGGUGACACGGCCGUCGGGGGUGUGUCGGGUGGGGAGAGGAGGCGCGUGAGCAUCGCGCGCGAGAUGCUGGUGGACCCGAGCCUUCUGGUUCUGGACGAGCCGACGUCAGGGCUUGACGCGACGGCGGCUUACCGGCUUGUGGCGGCGGUUUCGGCGGCGGCGAAAGCGGGGAGGGGGAGGACGGUGGUGAUGUCGGUGCACCAGCCGUCGAGUCGGGUGCACCGGAUGUUCGACGACCUGCUGGUGCUGUCGGAGGGUCGGAGCAUAUAUUUCGGGACGGGGUCGGAGGCGAUGGCGUAUUUCGAGAGUGUGGGGUACGCGCCGGGAUUCGCCAUGAAUCCGGCUGAUUUUCUGCUUGAUCUGGCUAAUGGUAUGUACUCAUCUUUAUCUUUUAGUUUGGCGCUUUUUUUUUCGUAUAAUUAA